GCAUGCGCCUACCCUACGCCGUUUCGAGACAGGCCGAUGAGAGAGAGUGUUGACAUUUUAUCGAGCAUUUCAGUCGGGCUAAUAAAACGCGAAAACUCUUCAUUUUAACCGGUUCGAAAUCGUUCGAUUCCCUUUAGUUCAAAUUAGGAAUAUCCACACAGCGACUCCGACAAAACACCGUUUCUUAUGGCAACUGUAGACGAUAUCGAUAGCGGCAUGGAAUCACAACCUACCAGCGCGAAAGACACGACCCCAGAAAAGAAGUCAAUCGAGAUCGAAAACGACUUGGAAGAUGAGCCCGAUGAGACUCUGUCCGAGAGAUUGCUUGGACUUGGAGAGAUGUUCCCAGACUCUGUCAGAAAAGUGUCAUGUGCUGUCGCUGAAAACACCACAGCCGGUGUGAAGAACCUCUACAACUUCUCCAGGAAUGCCCUGUGGAUUGUAUUCAGCACUUCAAUUAUACUCUUCGCCCCUGUUAUAUUCGAGGUGGAGAGAGCACAGCUCGAAGAGUUGCAAAGGAACCAACAGAAACAAUUGCUGCUCGGUCCCAACACUGCGAUGGCUGGCGGCCCCGGCAUGUCGUUGAUGCCCCCAGUGCAUAGAUAGACUGCAAACGCCUUUAAUUUGAUUCCCUACAAACUAUUUUCUUUUCUUUUUUUAAUUCUACGCAAUGUAUAUCCACAAUAUAUUACGACUGACUUUUGAUUUUCACAUAGUACGCUCGUCACAUAUGUACUAUAUUCUAUUCUAUUGUCUCUAUUAUGUUGUGAAUAAAAGCUGAACGUUAACCAAAAAAAAAAAA